GGGCGAGGAAUAUCGCGCUGUUCACAGCUAUGGCGUUCAGUUUCGGUGAAUCCAGUCCCAGAAGCCUGAAAAAUGCGCUCGCCAAACCCUGAGGCAACGACGGUUGUUUUUUAUUUUUCAAAACGUCGAAAUCGGGUGAACCGCUGUCGCCACGUUUUUGAUUUCUUUGUCCCAAGCUCUCCGAAACUAGAUCGGCUAUUUCUUUGGCGGUUUCUAUGUAAUUGCUGGCGUAUUCUAGUCCCGUUUUUAUCUUGUCCAAAACACCUGAAAACACGAAGAAAAAAUAUAAAGAAUCUUAUCAAUUUAGAUACGUUGAAAUUUUCGAGGAUUUUACCUGGGGAAUUUUGACACGAUACCGUUAACAUGUGGGUUGAAAAUAUCAGGAAAAAUCCGAGUUUCAGAAAAGCGUUGUAGGUCGACAGCAUGAUAUCCUCGCGAGUCACCGGAUUCUGGUAAACUGCAAGCCAGGCUUCCAUUUUUAACGGAAUCUAGUCCUGAGAUUACGUUGUCGUGAGUAAUCGUCGCAUCUGAACUGCAACAGGUCUUUUUCGUAAUUAACUAUUCUUCUUUUUCUGUCACUUGAGAGUCUUUUUUUUCUCACUUACUUCCUUUGUAUUCUUUCUCCGUGCUUUGCGAAGCACAACGAAGUCCACGCAGUCUGAAUUUUGAUAACUGUUCAAAUUUUCACACAACUCGUAGAGCAGUUGCGACUAGACAACUGGCCGGAACAGUGGUGUUGAAAAAUAAAUUUCGAUAACUUCUAUUUUCCAACUCCCGUCGGUUUUCUCUUUUUUUUUUUAUUUUUUCAUUCCAAAUCGAUCGACUGCAGCCGACAAAUAUAAUGUCGAUCGUAAAAUUAUUUUUUGUAACAUCGCUGUGCUGCACUACGCGCGUCUCGCGGGGCGUGAAUUUUGUAAAAUCGGACGAUCACUCCGAUAUAUUUUUGAGCGAGAUUCGAAGUCUGAGUGAACUGCCGAUGGAAAAACUCAUCGGUAUAAAAACAACGUUCGCCGAUCUGCAAGAUACGGAGAUCCAGGGGAUCGAUAAUGCGACCGCCGAUCCCGAUUUCGGGCUGAACGUCUCGCCGGAUUUUCCGGUCGCUUUGCCCCUGAGGAGAAGACGUCCGAAUACGAAACCCGCGAGACGUUACGACGAUUACUGGUGGGAGGAGAAAAGUAAAAGUUCGAAAAUAUCGAAGAUAUUUCAGCUGACGAUAACGGCACUUUCGUUCUUCGCUUUUGGCGGAUACCUCCUCACCCUCAUUAUAGCGUCCAUAAGAAGAAACAAUGCGGUAACCGCCGGUAGCGGAAAUGUUAUUUUUCUACAGGGUCUCCAAUCGAUAAAACGGCCGAAACGAUCGUCGACGCUCGAUCCAAUGGAGAACGAUUUUGACACGGAAAAAUUGUACAAGGGAAUGAUAAUGCUGUCGGAAGGCUACGCUCUGUACAAUUGAAAGUAAAAUUUACGCAACACAUUUACUUCAUCGACGUUUCACCCAAUAAUUUGUCUAGACAAUUUCUUUCCGUGAAAAAAAAAAGAAAAGAAAUUCCGGGAUUAAUUUUUUUAUACACCGCACAGCAAUAUACAAAUAUAAAAAAACGUUCGCACGAGCUACGAUACGAGGGCGAGAAUAGUGGAUUAUAUUUUUUUUCACUUCAUAUCUUCGAUCCAAUAGAUAGGAUAGUAAUAGUUGUGACUACGAAAUAUCUGUAGAUAUCUGUAAGCGUUUGUGUUAUACGCGUUCUACACCUGGUUCCAAAUUGAGGAUGGAGACUCCCCGUAGCGCGCGACUGGUGGUCCAACGCGUUCAGGAAUUCAUAUUUAAUUAAUAAAUACAGAGGUUUGGACGUUUCUCUUUUCUUUUUAUCCUCUUUCAUUUCCUAUCUAUUUUUCUAUUUUCUUUUUUAUUCUGUUUUUUCAAUUCCCACAAUGUGGCAACACUCGCCGAUGGAACUCAGAUUAUACACGGAUGCAUGUGACACGCGUGCAUCUAUGCUUAAAAGAAGACACCUACGAUUGUGUAAUUUUUUUCUACAUAUACAAAAAUUUUGAGAAGAACAAAAACGAAAUUCGAAGUAGAGGAAAGAGGAAAAUCGAAUCUCUUUUCCUGUUCGCGAGCCUCGAUAUUCGGAUGUGUCGAUCAUCUAGUAUAGGGAUAUCUGCUUGUACGGGGUGGGGGCGGGUAUGUAUAAUGUAUAAGUAUCGAAAAUUUUAAAAGCUAAUAAAAUCGAAUAGAUGUGUAUGAGGUCGUCUGUAUAAUUAUAAUUUUAUAAGAAUAUCGCACGGAGUCGCGUGGGGAUGGAGGAGGUCGUUUUAAACAUGGCUGUACAAAUAAACAUCCAACUCACUGUAUACUACAUACUUAAACAUGUAUUUAUAUAUAUGUACAUACAUGUAUACCCACACCCAUACGUAUACCAAAUGUAUAUAUCCAUACCGCGUA